UCUUCCGACACAGAUCAUGCAGACGGCGAUUUCCACGUGCCAUCCUGCGAUGCUGUGCUCGACAACUCCAAAACCCUUGCGUACACGGGCGGUGCUUCAGAUUCUUCGGGUGAGAGCAGCUCUGAUGAACAGUCACGCGCGGUGUCAUUCCGAGACCAGGAUGCUUGGUCCAGUUUCAAGUAUGAAAUUGUCCGUCUCGCACAUACAUUGCGAUUGAAAGGUUGGCGUCGAGUGCCGAUGGAGAUGAGCGACGAAAUCAACGUGCAGCGUCUCAGUGGUGCUUUGACCAAUGCUGUGUAUGUUGUCUCGCCGCCAGAAAAUCUGCCCGCUGGCAAAGAGGAUGCCUCGGGAAACUUUGUGCAUGUCAAACCGACGCCAAAGCUCUUACUACGUAUCUACGGACCGCAAGUCGAGCAUCUCAUCGACCGAGAGGCCGAGCUUGCGAUCCUGCGCCGACUGGCACGCAAGCAUAUCGGACCACGCAUGCUUGGCACUUUCGCCAACGGACGUUUUGAGGAAUUUUUCCAUGCUCAGCCUUUGACGCCAGAGGAUCUGCGCAACUCAGAGACCAGCAGACAGAUUGCAAAGCGAAUGCGAGAGUUGCACGAUGGUAUGGAUCUGUUAGAUUCGGAGCGUGAUGAAGGCCCGUUCGUCUGGCGUAAUUGGGACAAAUGGCUUGCGAGAGUAGAGCAGAUUGUGACAUGGAUGGACAGGGAGUUCGAGCAAUUGGAGCCUGGCGUGAAGCCGACCGGUUCUAAGUCGUGGCUGCGACGUGGGUACAUCUUGGGUGUGCCAUGGGCACAAUUCCGUGCCGUGGUCGAAAAGUAUCGUACCUGGCUCAACGAGCAAUAUCGUACUUCGCGGAAGCUGCGUGAGCAACUCGUCUUCGCUCACAACGACACACAAUAUGGCAACAUCCUCCGCUUGACACCCACCAGCCAAUCGCCACUGCUCUUGCCUGCCAAUACCCACAAGCAGCUUGUUGUGAUUGAUUUCGAAUAUUCGAGUGCGAACACGCGUGGACUGGAGUUUGCCAACCACUUCACCGAGUGGUGCUACAACUACCACGACAAGCGCAAGCCGUAUGCCUGCAACGCGAAUAAGUAUCCGAGCCCAGAGGACCAAGAACGGUUCCUCCGCUCGUAUGUGCGCCAUCGGCCACAGUACAAUUAUGAUACGCCCAAGAUGGCACCGAUGGAUGCCUCCAAUGACGCGCAUCGCAAGCCGUCGUCGAAUCGGCUGUCUGAGUUCAUGCUUGACGCUAGGAUGCCACGCAGCAACUCGGGCAAUGUGGUGACACGCGACAUCGACGCAGCAGCCAAGGCGGACGAAGAUGCACAAGUCGCCCGGCUCGUCGACGAGACCCGAAUGUGGCGUCUUGCCAACACAGCGCAAUGGAUCGCCUGGGCGGUCGUGCAGGCUAAAAUUCCAGGUCUUCCGGAGUUCGCGUCUGAUGAGAAAGAAGAAGCGCAAGAAGAGGAGUUUGACUAUCUCGGUUAUGCACAGCACCGAUGCAUGUUCUUCUGGGGAGACGCGCUGCAGAUGGGGCUUGUGAAGGCUGAGGAGCUUCCAGAGGACAUGCACUCCAAAAUCAAGCACGUC